GCGCUAGUUUGGAGCUCAGUGUGCGAAAGGAGACAGACGGAUAGAGACACGCAGAGGACUUAAAGACGAGAGGAAACACUCUGCUCUCAGCUGGGAACACUUCUCACAACGUUUAAAAAGAGUGAACACAACAUGCCGAGUACGCGCUCUAACGGCCGGGCUCAGCCCACGCUCUCCUUCCCGCGCCGCAAAUCCUGCAGAGUCUCGUCCAAGACGCCCCAGCUGGACAAAUCUCCUCCAGCGCCGUCACCGGCCAAGCCCGGACCCCAGCAGCCCGUAACGACCCGGAUCGGACUGCUCUCCCCCAAACUACCGGCCGGCCGCCCGUCUCCCCUCUCACUUCCGGCCCUCCAGCCACGGCUUCCACUCAGCCCCCGAAAACGCACAGGUGAUGAAAACGUCUGUAACCUCGGCGUCACCCUGCUGGGUUCGCCGCCCAAGCAGAGCAAGCCGACCCCUGCUUCGCCCAGGAAGCCGGUCUCCGACGAGAACUCGCCGGUCUCGGCUCGCCGGCGGCUGGUCCCGUCCUCGUCGCCGCUGCGACCGCUGUCUCCCGCCGCCGGAUUGUCUCCGAGGCGCCAAGAAACGCCCACCGGGAGCCCGGCACACCAGAAACCAGAGAGGAGGCCGCCGGUCGUUCGGCUCUUUGGAGAAAAGUCGAGGUUUGUGAGCGUGAAGCAGGCGCUCCACACCGCCGUCCCCGAGCGGCUCCUGUCCCGGGAGGCCGAGCGGGCAUCCAUCCGCUCCUUCCUGGAGGAGAAGGCCCUGCGGCACCUCCCCGGCAGCCUCUACAUCUCCGGAGCCCCGGGAACCGGCAAGACGGCCUGCUUCAACUGUGUGCUGCAGGAGAUGAAGGCCGAGCUGGCGUCCGUUCAAACGGUGCUGGUCAACUGUAUGAGUCUGCGGAGCUCCCACGCCGUCUUCCCGCUGCUGGCUGACAAGCUGAGAGCGCCCGGUGGGCAGAACGGGCUGCAGAGGUUCCUGACGGCCCCGGGGCCCGCUGUGCUGCUAGUUCUGGAUGAGAUGGACCAGCUGGACAGUAAAGCUCAGGACGUCCUCUACACCAUCUUUGAGUGGCCGUACCUGCCGAAGUCUCGCCUCUGUCUCGUCGGUAUCGCCAACGCUCUGGAUCUGACCGACCGCAUCCUCCCCCGACUGCAGGCUCGGCCUCACUGUCGCCCCCUGCUGCUACACUUCCCUCCCUACAGCCGGCAGGAGCUCACGGCCAUCGUCCAGGACCGGCUCUCUCAGGCGUCGGCUGAAGGGAUCCUGGACGCCUCGGCGGUUCAGUUUUGUGCCAGAAAAGUGUCGGCGGUGUCGGGAGACGCCAGGAAAGCUCUGGACAUCUGCAGGAGAGCGGUUGAGGUUGUGGAGUCUGACGAGAGGAAGAAAGCGUCGGAUCCAACAGCUGAAACGAAAGCGUCGCGGGUCAGCCUUCCUCAGGUGGCGCGCGUGCUGUCGGAGGUUUACGGCGACCGGAUGGCGUCUCGGUGCGGUGGCGCAGACGGAGAGAGUUUCCCGCUGCAGCAGAAGCUGCUGGUCUGCUGCCUGCUGCUGCUCACGCGCAACGGGAAGAGCAGAGAGAUCGUCCUCGGGAAGCUCCACGAGGUUUACAGCCGUCUGUGCGCCCAGCGGCAGGUGUCCGCUGUUGGUCAGGGAGAGUGUUUGUCUCUCUGCGGUCUGCUGGAGAGUCGAGGAAUCUUCUCUCUGAAGAAAGCCAAAGAGGCUCGUCUCACUAAGGUGUUUCUGAAGAUCGAGGAGAAAGACGUUGAAAACGCUCUGAAGGACCGAACGCUGCUGGGAAGCAUCCUCGCUGCAGGACUCCCCUCAUGAUCACAGUUUACUUUUUAUCUACAAAGUUUUUUUGCAGUGUUUUUUUUUUCUUUUUUUUUCUCGUUUUUGCAGAGAAUUUGUAUAUAUUUUAUGAUGAUAUUAACUUUUUAUUUGUUUUUCCUCAUACUGAUGUUGACGCUCUGUUUUUGAGUUGUUGAGAAAAUGUUUUUAACUCGUCGGUUAUGAUAUUACAGCAUUUUGUUUCAGUUUGAAACGUUUCCAUUUUUAUGCUGUAAAUACACAAAUGUACAGACAUUUUAAUCAGAUUUCCUCUUGUAUGUUUUUUAUUUUUUUCUCAUUCCCAAUAUCACUAUUCUGCUUCGGACAGAGAGACUAGAUUAGUCAGAAAUAGUAAAAGAUAAUUCAUCAGAAGAAAGGGAUUCAUCACUCGUGACAGUAACACUUUUCCAUCUGUCAACCAAUCAACCGACUUUCUCCACAAAUAAUCAAACCACAAACAAUGUGAUGAUGAUACGGUUCUUGUAAAUAAGCCGUUCAGCAUAAAUAAAAGUUUGUAGACUAAAGACCAAAACAACCAGUUAGUGAGGGAAGACGCACUUAAAGUUAAAUUCUAAGUCUGUUCGGUCACUUUCUAUCUCAGGUAUGUCUAUCUAACGCACAGUGAAAGUAUUUCAUAAUCUGUAUAUUUGCAGUAUUAUGAACUUUGUGUCUGUGACGACGUUCCCAGAGAAAUAAUGCAGUAUUACAAUUGUUCUCGUGUGUGUGUGUGUGUGUGUGUGUGUGUGAGUGUGAGUGUGAGUGAGAUAUAUACAAUGGAGAACAAUCCUGAAUACCAGUUCCAGACUGAACUCUGAGCAUAUUUUAUUUUCACUCGAAUAUAAUUUGUAAAUCACACAAGACUGAAAUCUUAAGUCCUGAUCACGACAACCAAAUAACCCGGACUGACGUGUUUAACUGUCGGGCGUCUUGAUCCGAGCCACUCCUCUGAUUGGAUUAAAGGUUUAAAGCGUCACUGAAGCUCAGCUCAGGCUGUAACACGACUUCAACGAACCACAGGUCGGUUUCUUUUGUCCAGCAGAGUGCAGCGCUUAGACCUCUGUGAAGACCCUGAAUGCAUCGUCACUCACCUUCCACAAAAAAAAAAGUCUUGUUAAAGUUUAUUAAGUACAAGUACUCUACUACAUCUCAUUAGUGAUGCAGAUGAAUAAUAUGACAAAUACAAUAUUCAAAUACUAGACAUGUAUACUAUUCAAAUCAGAUUUUUAUUCAAAUAUGAUUUACUCACAGCAAAGUGGAUGAAAAUAUAUAUAUAUUUAUGUAGUAGUGCAUGUUUUCAAAUACAAAUACAGUGACCAAAAAUGUAAACAGUCUGAGAUAAAAUAUGAAUCAAUAUUAUAACAUAACAUGAUGAUAAUAAACCACACUAACUCAAAGCUUUAGUAGAUACAGCAAGCAAAUCAAAGUCAACAGUGAAUUUCACAAACUCCUCACAUAAACAUAUAGUUUAGUGCCGAUUUAUCUAGUUCAUAUUUUACCGUGAUUGUCUGAAACGUCUGGACUCAUCAGGAACCAAACAAAGAAAAACACAAAGUAUCAAAUACUGAACAGUUUAUCUGUUUAAUGUCGUCUUCACACCCGAGAGACGAUUUCUCACAAGCUUUGUUUUUUCUUCUAAAGAAACAUUUAUAACUAUUUAAAAUAACACAAUUAGUAUAUCUGUCAGAAUCUCUUUCUGUAGAUUCAUUUUUCCCAAAUGUUUAAAUAUUUAUUGUUCUGCUGAACUUUUAAACAUAAGAACUUCUAAUUUCAUGUUUGUUUUGAGGUUUUAAAGUUGCUUCUAAAUGUGGAAAUCUCUUCAAAAUCAGUUUUCUUAAAAUAUAAUCUGUCAUAUUUCAUCACUUCAUGAAUCUAUCAUCACAUAUUCCUUUAACCCCUUCAGCCCCUCUGAAGACCUGAACUUACGCUCUGCAGCCAAACAUUGUUCAAACUCACGAACCUUUUAUUGCUUCUAGUAAUUCUAGUUGAGCUGCCAAAGUUUCAAAAGAAGCCGAAUAUGUUUGAAAGCUGUAAGAAACAAAAGGUUUUACUCAGUGAAAUACAGCUUCUGUGGAGGGAAAUAAGCCGAUGUGGAAUGUGUAAGUCUGUCAGGAUUUUAAUUAGCUUUAAAUAUAAAGAGGAUAAGACUUCUUUUAAGUAAUUUGCAGCUCUGACUGACGGUUUUAUCUCGUUUUAGUGAAACCAGAUCAACGCUUCACGAGUCUCAGACACAGAAACAAAGGUCAGAUUGUUGAUGCUGAAGACAUCAGAGCCACGAACUAAAGUAAAGACAUGAAGAGACGUGAAGACGUCCGCGUGUCCAGUUUAAAACCACAUAUAAGUUUCACUUCCAGACGAAAAGCAUGUUUGAAAUGCCUGAAGAAGUUGAUAUUUUGUGGCCAUUUUGAUUAUUUUGAUGGUUUUAAAAAAGGGUAAUCUUCUUUCAAACGUUACAUUUUCUCAUUUUCUAUAUUCCAAAAUUUCCCCCAAAAACAGCAAAUGUUCAGAGUUGGAUGUUUGUAUUUCUGUUCUGAUAAAGAGCGAACAUGUGAGUAAAGUCAUAUCAGGAGUUCAAAAGGAUUUAACUUUGAACAGAAACAUAAAUAGCAACACAGACUGGUGCGUGUAGUUAAAGUAAAGUAACGGCACUGUGUUGUUUCAGACUGGACACUUCUGAGUAUGAAGAAUAAUAUUAAAUAAAAAGAUAAACAAAUAGUUUUGCACAUUCAGAGUGACGAGGUUCAGCCGGUGUUAAAAUCAAUAAACAUUCUCAGUGAGUUUAAAUGCAUUCAGUUUCAAAAGUAUUCUCACAAACUGUACAUCAAGUAGAAACACAUCGUGAACUUUAGCCCUCGGGUUGAGUCACGGGACGCGACGCUGACAUCAGCAUGUUUUUACAAUCGUUAGUUUCAUCGAUCAGUCAAAAACCGGUGAUUGAGUCCGUCAGUUUGAUUAAACAGAUAAAGUCUAAACGUCAAACGCAACAAGGCGCUAAGGUGUUAAAAUCGAUUAAAACUUAUAAUAUAUUCCAUACAAACGUUUAUUUUUUCCCCUUUUCAUCCCGUCGCUGUAUCUAAACACCAAACUGCAACAAAAACAUUAUUUUACUGUAAUUUCUCAAUAAUUUUACAAUUAAUGUUUGAACCACUGAUUAUUUAUUUAUUGUAUUUAAAAAUGACACCCUGAUAUUCAAGCACAUUCAUUUCUUUAUAAAUUAUGUGAUUUUUUCAAAACAUUUUUAUUUAACAGGGAAAAAAAACAUUGAACUAGAAGAAGACAAACCUGUUAAAUAAAAAGUAAAUGAGGCGUUUAAGCAGAUCACUCAUUAAAUACAUCACAUUAUAAGCUUUAAAUUAUCUGAAUAUUAAGGUUUUAUGUUAUUCAUGUUUCAUUUCGCUCUUAUUUUAUUUAUUCUUUACUGUUUUACCGUGAUCAAUGUACUCUGUGUUGUAUUCUAUUUAUUCAUUAACAUUUAUUUUCUUUUCUUAAUUUGUGUGCAUUAGUCUUUUCAUCUUCUCUCCAGUUUCCUCUUGUCAAUCAUUUGUA